AUGACCAGCACCCGCAUGGACCCCGAGCUCCUCGCCCAUCUGGGCGCCAACCCUCGACUCUUCAACGCCCCCGUCUCCCCUCUCAUCGUCGAGAAGCGGCACACCAUCACGUCCUUUGACGGCGCCGCGCUCACCAUCCACGAAUUCAAGCUGGCCAAGGACGACGUGCACUUUGUCGAGCGAGACCCCCAACCCGCCUUCCUCUUCUUCCACGGUGGCGGCAUGAUCAGCUGUCCCGUCGACACCGUCUACCGCCCCGCCAUGGCCAACUUUGCGCUCGAGAUGGGCGUCCGCACCUUUGCCGUCGAGUAUCGCCUCGCACCGGAACAUCCCCAUCCCACACAGCCCGAGGACUGCUACGCCGCAACCCAGUGGCUCUCGGACAAUGCUGCCUCGCUGAGCAUUGACCCCGCGCGCAUCGGCGUCGUCGGCGACAGCGCAGGCGGCAACAUUGCCGCCGCUGUCACACUCAUGGCCAGGGACAGACAGCUCGACCCGCCCCUCGCCAAGCAGAUGCUCAUCUACCCCAUGCUCGACGACCGGGCGCGUGAGAGGUUUUUCGAUCCCAAGAGUGCCCGCGAUCAGUCACAGAUCACCUUCCGCGACGACUUUGACCAGUUCUGGAACCACUAUCUCGGCCAGGGGCGACGCGGCGCAGACGAUGUCUCUCCGUACGCGGCGCCCGGACGCGCCGAGGAUUUGAGGGGGUUGCCUAGUGCGUAUGUCGAGGUGGGCGCGCUGGAUCCGUUCCGGGACGAGACGAUGGAGUAUGCGACGCGGUUGGCACGUCGUGAUGUCGAGGUCGAGCUACAUGUGUAUGCGGGCGUGUCGCAUGGCUUUGAUAUCGCCGGGCCCAAGAUUGGUAUUACGAGGAAUGCGGUGGAAAACAGGCGGAGGGCUGUGCAGGCGAUGUGA